UCCCAGUGUCCAUACAGAGUUGGCACGCACCAUGAGGUCACCUAGGCCCGCUAGCGCUCCCGGGUACGGAAGGCUGUUUCCCGACUCACACGAUCAGAUGCUCCCAGGCCGAGCUGUGCUUCCAACGCGCUGAGAGAAGCCACAGUCAUGCGAUAACCAGCGUGCGUUAGGAUUCUCUUACCCACGUAUAGCUUGGGUAAUCGCUGCGGACGCUCUCUCACUCGCAUGUCGCCAUCUGUGCCUCACGAGGGUCAGCAGCUCGUGUGCCACCUAUAAUAAGCCGUGGUACGAACGGUGCAUCCCAGCAGCUCUCCCGGGGCCUCUCUGGACGCGUGCACUCUCUCGAUGGCUUUCACCCAAGCGUUGACCAUCCUUGUUGCGAUUGCGGCGGCGGCUGCCAAGGGACUGACGGUGCUGCACGAGAGCAGGACCUCCAUCCCUGCCGGAUUCGUCAGCCAUGGACCUGCCCCCGCUGCUGACCAGCUGGAGCUGCGUUUCGGUCUGGCUCCCAACAACGCUGCUGGCCUCCAGGCCAAGCUUAUGGAGCUCUCGACACCAGGGAACGAGAACUUCCGCCAGUGGCUGACGAUGGAAGAGGUCAAGUCCUUCAUGGAGCCAUCUGCAGCCACUGUUGCUGCGUUCAAUGCCUUCGCCACGGCGAACGGACUGAAGACGACGGCGAUCUCACCCAACGGCGACUGGGUGACCGCGACGCUCCCCGUCUCGCACGCCAACGACCUCUUCAACGCCAACUUCGAGCUCUUCUCGCAUCCCCAGCUGACCGAGAAGAUCACGCGCACGAUGUCCGUGUCGCUCCCGAGCGAGAUGGUCGGCGUGGUGGAUGUCAUCCACCCCUCGACGGCGUUCGUCGAGCCCCAGCCCAGACUCGCGCCGUCGCCGAUCCAGAUGAACGUGCCCCAGGCGAAGCGGGCCGCCCCGGCGUCGUGCAACACGAACGUCGCCACCGGGGUCAUCACCCCGGCGUGCCUGCAAGCGCUGUACGGAAUCCCCGCGACUCCCGCCACUCAGAAGAACAGCUCGAUACUCAUCACGGGAUACGUCGAUCAGUUCGCAGAAACCGCUGAUUUGCAGUCGUUCUUGAAGACCCUGCGAACGGACAUCUCUUCCUCGACGACGUUCAAACUCCAGACUCUUGAUGGAGGAUCCAACCCACAGGGCUCCGGGGAGGCUGGUGACGAGGCUGAUCUGGAUAUCGAGUACACUGUCGGUAUUGCUACCGGCGUCCCUGCGACCUUCCUGUCCGUCGGAAAUGCCGACUUCUCGACUGCGCUGCUCGAUACCACAACCUUCCUUGACGGUGUCGCCAGCCCUCCCACGGUCAUGACCACAUCGUACGGGUCCACUGAAUCCUCAUUCGGCAGCUCGUUGGCAACACGAAUCUGCAAUGGUUAUAUGGCACUCGGCACCCGCGGAAUCUCUGUCAUCUUUGCAUCCGGUGAUGGCGGUGUGCGAGGCAACCACGACACGACCAGUGUCUGCAACAACAACCGCUUCAUGCCAGUGUUCCCGGCGGCGUGUCCGUUCCUGACGUCCGUCGGCUCGACCCAAGGUAUCCCUGAGAAAGCGAUCAACUUCACCGGUGGUGGAUUCUCGAGCGUCUUCACCGCCCCGUCGUACCAGACCACGCAAGUGGCCACCUUCCUGAAGACUGUCCCGUCGACUUUCAAGGGCACCUUCACCCGCACCGGGCGUGGAUACCCUGACGUUGCACUCCAGGGCUGGAACUUCGAGGUGAUCAUCGAGGGUGUGGCGAACCUGAUCGGCGGAACCAGCGCGUCGUCCCCGACGUUCGCUGGCAUCAUCGCGCUGAUCAACGACCGCCUCAUUGCCGCAGGCAAACCCGUGCUCGGAUUCCUGAACCCGUUCCUGUAUGCCAACCCCGGCGCGUUCACGGAUAUCACGACUGGCCACAACUCGGGCUUCGUAUGCCCUGCUGCCUCGGUUGCAUUUGACGCCACGACUGGCUGGGACCCGCUGACUGGACUGGGAACACCCAUUUUCUCCAAUCUGCUGGCAGCCGCGUUGGCCGCUUGAGUUGUAGCUGUACCAUCAUGAUAAUGAACAAUGAAUCCGGGUUUCAGACGAGAAUAACACUUUUGUGCCAUUGCUGCUGAGUGCGGCCUGUCAGAUCGACUCAGAUGGACCUUGCCGUUUGCUUCUGAUCCUAUUGCUUUCGGCUUUCCUCCCUCGAGGGCGCGAUUAUUCUUCAGGAAAUACUCCUUCGAGGUCUCGCAGGAGGCUUGUACAGCUGAAGGACCUUCAUGGGGAUAUGGUGACGAGAUGUGAAGUGGAGUCCAUGAUCCAUGGGUGAAUUCAAGUUGAGAAUGGCCUGAGAGCGCACUCUCGUGUUCAGAGUUGGCGCAGGUGCAGGAUGUUGGCCUACGCACAGUGCGCACUCAUAUUGCGCCGAAGACAAAAAGGAAAGCUGCUGGAUUUCAAGUCCAGUCCAUGUCCGCGUCAUCACUGAUCAUCAGCGCGUGGGAGCACGUGUGAGCAAACCCAUCACGACCACGAGGUUUGGUUUUUCCGCCUUUGGACCCCGCAGCUGUUUCUCUGGCUCCAUGUCCUCGUACAAGUCUAAGAUCACCCGGAAACCCCCUCCACGCGUAACGACACCCGAGCCGAGUCUCCAAUACGCGGCCGUUCCCUUGGGCUCACCACCACAAAGCCCCGGCAGUCCUCCCGCGCGGAGUCGCACUCGACGCACGCCAGCAUCAUCACGUGCACCCACAGGCUUCGGAGUCGCACCGAGCGAUGCAGAACGACCGGCGCAGGCACGGGGCACGGGGAGGGCGGGGGCGGCGCUCGUGCGCGGUGUAGCGUCAGGAUCCAUCGGGGCGGAUUUUGGGCCGUAUUCGUUUGACCCAGAGAUCAAUCGGAGCAAUCCCGGGGAGGGGACGCGUCUGCGCAAGGCGCCCUCCACGGUCCGCCCCAAUCUCACGCGCACGACGACCGUGAACACGCGUUUCGAAAAGAACCUGGACCUCGACGACGCGCUGCACAACCCCGAUCCUGUGGCCGAUGCGCGGAUGGAGCACGAGCUGUACUUCUUUUCCGCGCGCGGCUGGGCCACUGUGACAGCCCUGUUCGUGCUGUUUGGUGGGCUCGUGACCCUCUUUGCAGGGUUCCCCCUGAUAUACUACUUUGGCCACCCACCACGGAAAUUCGUGGGCUACAACAUUGGGGGCAUCAACGCGUCGGGGCAGGUCCCCGAACUUACCAAGUUUCCAAGCUUGAUCGACUCGGAAACGCCUUCCAACGCCUAUACGCAUACAGGGACGGACGGGAAAAAGUACAGACUCGCGUUCAGCGACGAAUUCAACACUGAUGGGCGGACAUUCUUCCCCGGCGACGAUCCCUACUGGGAAGCGGUCGAUUUCCAUUAUUGGCCUACGGGAGAUCUGGAGUGGUACGACCCGGCGGCCAUUACCACGCAGGACGGCAAGCUGGUGAUCACGAUGAGCGAGGUGAACUACACCGACAACCAUGGGCUGAACUUUAUGAGCGGGAUGCUCCAAUCCUGGAACAAGAUCUGCAUGACCACAGCCUAUGUCGAGGUCUCGCUCAGCCUUCCCGGUGCUCCGGAUCAGCCAGGUUUCUGGCCCGGUGCGUGGCUGAUGGGGAAUCUCGGCCGCGCUGGCUAUGGCGCAACAACCGAGGGAAUGUGGCCAUACAGCUACGACUCCUGCGAUACGGGGACGUUCCCGAAUCAGACGACCAAGGACAACCAGCCCUCUGCGUCGUUCGACUCGCAUCUGAGUUUCCUUCCUGGGCAGCGGCUAUCAGCAUGCACCUGCCCAGGCUCUGACCACCCGGGCCCUGCUGUUACCAAGGGCAGAGGCGUGCCGGAGAUUGACCUGCUCGAGGCGCAGAUUGAGAUCCUUGGCAGUGCGCCGUACUUCCAGGGGCAGGCGUCGCAGAGCUUCCAAGUCGCGCCGUACAACCUCAACCGCCUGUUCGACAACUCCAGCCAGGCCACGCCCAUCGUCAACUCCAGCAUGACGCAGUUCAACAACUACCACGGGAACCAGUACCAGCAGACGGUGUCGGCGCUGACGUAUAUUGACGCGCAGUAUUAUGGCGGGAACGCUUACCAGACUUACGGGCUCGAGUGGUACUCGAAUCCGGCGAAGCGAUCGAGUGGAUACCUUAACUGGCUCACGACUGGAGAGAAGCGAUGGACGAUGACGGCUGCUUCUGUUGGUGCAGACAGCGGUGCGAACGUCUCUGCGCGGCUGAUUCCAGAAGAACCAAUGUACAUGAUUUUCAAUCUGGGGAUGUCCCCGUCGUUCCAGGGACAGGACUUCCUGCAUAUGGUGUUCCCCGCCAAGAUGUUCAUCGACUAUGUGCGGGUGUACCAGCUGGAGGGCACCCAAGAUGGGCUGACGUGCGACCCGCCAAAAUACCCGACGGCGGAUUACAUUGCGAGCCACAUUGCUGCAUACUCCAAUGCGAAUCUCACGACCUGGGCGCAAGCCGGAUACACCUUCCCACGAAACAGUCUCUACGAUGGCUGCUGACGCGCCGAUCCCACAACGAAUCCAGGAUUUACGACCACUGAAUGAUUACUACUAGACCUACUGUAUCUAGGCACGGAUGGACAAUAUAUACACAUCCGCACAUAUACUGUAUGUAUCUGUAUCGGCUCACGAAUCUGCAUUCCAUUAGCACC